ACAUCACACAAUGGCGAGCAGCGUUGCAGCACUCGAGCCGUUCUUGAUUCUCGCACGCACUGCCAAGGGCGCUGCAUGCGCGUCGCUGAUCAACCAGGCCAUCGAGGCACAGGGAACGUUCGUCUUCAGCGAGCUGCUCGCCACUCCAGCCGUCAAAGAGCUCGAGGGAACGGCGCACCAGCAGAGUCUCGAGCUGCUCAAGCUGUUUGCAUACGGAUCGUACGCCGACUACACCGCCAACCCUUCGAGGUUCCCGCCACUGUCAGCCACACAGCAAACCAAGCUACGGCUGCUGUCGAUUGUCUCGUUGGCCUCAGACUGCAAGACCAUCCCGUAUGCAAAACUCUUGGCCGUGCUGGCAUUGGACAACGUCCGAGAGCUCGAGGACAUUAUUAUCGAGGGCAUUUACAGCAACGUGCUGAAAGCCAGCCUCAAUCAGCAGCACCAGCAUGUGCGCAUCGAAUUUGCCAUUGGCCGCGACAUUGCCAGCAACGCGCAGCUAGACUCCAUGAUCCAGACUCUUGGAGCUUGGUGCCAGCAGUGUGAAACACUUCUCACCAACAUCCACUCGAACAUUGCCUCAGCCAACCGGCAAAAGACAUCUGCCAUGGACGAGCAAGUGGCUCUGCAAGAGCGCAUUGCAAUCCAAAAGCAAGCUUUUACGAGUCAAAUGUCACACAAACUCAUGGACGGCCACGGAUUGCGUGACUUCCGGUCCGGCUAUGGCACCGACAAGAAAGGUCGCAGAAAGUUUUGAAAGCCACUCUGUUAGCUUGGUUUAUUGGGCCCCUGUUGUCGCGUUCUUCUUUUGUUUCAAUAUACAGAGUUGCAUGUCACUCCAGAUUCAAGGGGAGAGCAGAGAAGGCGCUCUUUUUGAAGCAAA